AUGGCUGAGGCAGACGUUGGAGUAAGGAGGACGACCCAAGCCGGAGGAGGAGCGCAGCAGCAUGCUUCAUCAGCGCUGACUAUCGUGCGCAUCAAACGAAGGCGUGAUGAUCCCGGGGAGCCGGAGAUUAUCUUGGAGGCUGCUGGGGCAUACAGGAACAAGCAGCCACGUUACGAUGAAGUUCUACUACAGUUCCAGGGCUUGUCGGUUAUGGGGCCAGCUGCCGCAACACCCACGAUGGCGCCGCGCCGGCGCUUCCGCAGGCUUCGGACGCUGGAUAUCUCAAUUUUCGAGGCUAUGUCGCAAAGCGAGGUUCUGCAAAUGCUGCGCGCCCCAGCAGAAGGCGCAACUUCCACGAGCGUUCCGGGCGCAGCAGCAAUCACCCAGCAGCAACCACCCCCAGGACCAGUACCGGCACUGGAGCCGACGCCCUCGACACUCCUCUUUGCAGAACCGGCGUCAGCGCAGGUGCCAGGCACGUUAGAGCCCGCUCAGGUGCCGAUAGCGGCACCGCCGCAAGGCCUUCAGGACGAGGACGCCUUGCCACAAGCGGCACCGCUGCCUCGUGAUUCGGGACCACGAGCACAACGGACUCCCGCCAAGGCGGCUCGCGGAACUUCGACAGAGAGCCGCAUUUCGGCGCUGCGCACGUCCCACCAGCAGGCGGCCAGUGCUGCCCGGUACAGGCAGGUCCGGCGGAAGAGGGAUGCGGCGGAGGGCAGCGAGGUGGGUGGAGAGGCGGGUGGCCUCCUCAACAUGUACGACCUGGAGCGACUGCCCGCUGCCAAAAAACCCAACACCAGGUCCACCGGGCCAGGGCGCGAAGACCGCCCGGGGACCCGGGGGCGCUGCGUCGCGAGCAUUCAACAAUCGCAGCAGGCGCAGGCAGUGCCACAGCUGCUUCCGCCGCAACCGCAACUACAGGAACAGCAGCAGCAGCAGCGACAUCCCGCCCAGCAGUUGGUGCCACCAUCCCGCACAUUGCCCCAUCCGUUGGAAAGCCAGCAGCCGCAGCAGGGUCCGCGGCCGGCGCCCGCUCAGCAGCAGCCGGGGAUGGCUUCGUUAUCCCGCUCAGCAGCACCCAGUCGCGAGGAGGCGGAGCUCCUACAGCGCUAUGCACCUCUGGUGGAUGAGGUGCUCAAGAGCCUGAGUGUGCAGCAGCCGCAGGAGGUCCACAGGAUUCCCGCGAGACCGAAAAGGGCGCAGAAGGGAGCGGCGGCGGCAGGGGCGGCGCGAGCUCCGGCACCAUCUCACGCACCCGCACCUGCAACUGCACCCGCACCUGCAACUGUACCUGUGCCAGAAUCGCAGCCAGGUCCAGUUGCAGCAGCUCCUGCUGACCCAUUUCAUGAGGCAGAGGCGGCCGUUAGGGCCUGCGCUGCUGGCGGUGUCGCGGCUUUUGGAGCUACAGCCGCCGCUGCCGUCGCGGCCUCGGGCGGGCCUCGGGAGGUUGGGUGGUCGUCUGGUGGGAGCGCUGGACAUGUGGUGGCAGGGGCGGCGGACGGCGGAGGUGGAGGCGGAGCGGGGGAUUCGCGGAUGAGCGAAGACGGUGACAGCUUUGUGUACGAUGUGUACGUGCCUGUGUAUGAUGACGCGGAGCCGGGCGAGCAGGACGGUGCUGAGGAGUCCUGGCCGUGGCUGGAUGCGCCGGCAGCUGUGGACAUGGCCGUGCCGAUCAUCGAGGUCGCUGAGAACGAUGACGAGUUUUUCUGGGCGGGAGAGCUGGAUGCGGAGGCCGCACAGCGGGCAGCGGCAGCCGAGGAGCACGACAGCGAGGACUCCAACGCGGAGAGCUACUACGCCAACUCCUACCCCGACGAGGAAGACACGCCGUACGGCAAUGGCGCCGGAAGCAGUGACGAAGGUGAUAAUGAGGUGGAGCCGGCGGAUGUGGACGCGGGUCGGGGUUACGGCUGGGGUUCAGCACUGGCGAUGCGGCGGCGGGGCCCGUUCAGCGAUGAUGACGAUGAUGAUGAUGAAGAUGAUGAGGACGACGCGGAGGAUUUCGGGCGGCGGCGCCGCCGGCAUGCGCAGCUCGCCAAGGUCUCGUCGUACUACCGUACAGAGGACGAUGACUACAGUGAGCACAGCAGUUUUUUGAGCGAGGAAGACGAGCGGCGGGAGAUGGAAGAGCGGCGGCGCAGGGCGAUCUUCAUGCACUGA